AUGAACGCCUCACGGUCCUCGUACGGGCAGGAUCUUCCGAGCGAUCUUAUUGAGCUCAUUGACCACACAACCCGAGGGGUGCAGCGUCUGUAUGAGACGACGCGGCGCAGGGAGAACUCCGGCGCUGCGCGUGAGAGACUGAGGCCACCGGUAGACGACUUCGCAGGUGCACGCGGCGCGAAUUACGCAGAGAUGUCUGACGACGCAGCGCACGCGGGCCGCGCCGCGGCCGUGACGCCUGUCGUUGGGGCGGCAAGUAGGGCAGUGGCUGUCGCGUCGUCGUCGUCCGCGGCGCGGCAGACGGCCGCGGCGAUGUACGAGCAGCGGUCGCCGUAUGACGGCAACCAUCGCGACGGCGGCAGGCCCCCCCAGCGCCGCCGUCGCCCAGAGGACAGCUGCCACGACAAGAGCGCGAGCAGCAACGGGACAGGCGGAGGCCGGCGGUGGCCGUGGAGCCGCGUGCAGACGCCGCCGGCGGGCGGCCUUGCGGAGGGGCGCUCAGGCGCCUCCACGACGAACACCACGAUGUCGUCAGACGCCUCGUACCGGCUGUACGCCGCCCAUCGGCACCCGCAGCAGCCGGCCGCGGCUGGCGAGCAGCACCUUUCGCUGGCAAGCAACGUGGACACCUCCGCCGCGGCGGAGGACGGCGGCUCCGCCCAGGCUGGCCAGCGCUGGAAAGACACCUUCAAGUCGCUUCUCUCUGCGGCAGCAGAGCCUGCGGCCACCGCCGCCCCCGUCGUGUCGGCUGCACGCGUGCCUGCCGACCACCCAGCGGUCGCGGCGUCACAUGCCCCGCCAGAGGUCUCCCUGUCGCUGGAGUCCAGGGAAACCGGACGACACCCAGAGGCCGUGGCGCAAAGCAACCCGGCGCUGGAGCGUUUGCGGUCUCAGUUGGAGGAGCAGGAGACAUCCCACCGUGAGCAGCUCGCGCUGCUCCGCAUGGAGCACAAUCGCGAACUUGCCCAGCUUCGCCACGAAGCCUUACAGGCACGACAGAGGGCGGAGGAAGAGGUGGCGACGCAGCUGCAGGCAUCGUUUACCGUGAAGCAGAAGUUGCUUCAGGCCUCCGUGGAUAACGAGCGGAUGCAGGCGGAGGAGGGGCGAAAGACGAUGGAAGAAAAAGAAAGAAUCAUCGAGCGACUGCGAGCGGAGGUUGAGGCCGCCACCUCCCGCUCCCAAUCGAUGCAGAGCGAGGCGGAAGCAAAGAAGAGGCAGGUGAUAGAGCUGCGUGAGUCCUUGACAAACACCCGAAAGCAGCUGGCGGGGCUGGAAGAGGAAGUGGUGAGACGCAAAGGCGAGUUGGCGGAGAGUAGGCGGCGGGAGAAACUGAUGGCGGAGCGUGAGCAGGAUGCGAUGGGCUUGGUGAGCCGGCUGGAAUUGCAGCUGCGGGAACAGGAGCAGCGAUCACGGGAGGAGCUUCGCCGGCUGGAGGCGGAGUUCCACUCGACUACGAAAAGCUACCAGGACCUGCUCGGCGAGGCAACCGAGAAACUCACGUCGCUGGAGAAGGUGCAGCGAAAGUACGACACACUGAGGGAGCAGCGGCGGCAGCAGAAGCAGCACCAGGAGGAGUUGACGUCCAACGUGGCUGCGGCGCAGGAGGGGAGGCGGCAGGCCGUGGAGCGUGCGGAAACCCUCCAGCAGGAGUUGGAGCAACUCCGCCUGCAGCUUGCGCGGAAGGAGCACGAAAUGCGUGAGGAGCGUGCGGGACAUCAUAGAAUUGUUGAGGGCAUCACACAACAACUGCAGGAGGAGGAGUCGAAGGCCAGCCGUGAGACGGAAGAGCUGCAAAAGGCUUUGCACCAUGCGGAGGACCAGACGAUGCGCCUGGAACGUGAGGUGGCGGGUUUGAAUUCCCAGCUGAAGGAGGAGCAGGAGCACAGCAAGCAGCUGCUGGUGCGACUGGAGCAGAGCGCCGUGCGGCACCAGGAGGAUCUUGCCUCUACACGCCGUGCGGCAUCUGCGCAUCAGCAGCAGACAGAAGGCGUCCUCGCCAGCUUGAAACGCCAGCUGCGGGAGAAGGAUGCGAAGCUGGAGGCGCUUGCCACCACGGCCUCAGAGCCGGUUCAGCGGCUACGCAGUCAGCUCGAGGACGAGCGCAGCAAGCGGGCCCACCUCGAGGAGCAGUUCAACCGCUACAAGCAAAGGGCAAAGGUGGCUAAAGAGGCCGCACUACGCGAGGUGCGACGGGAGCAGCAGCGCAUGCCGUCCGUCCCGCGUUCGCAGAGCCGAGCAUCCGCGACGCUGCCAGCAACAUCGCCCCGGCUCGAUGGAGAUAAAAUGUCGCAUGGAGAUGAGACUCUGCGGCUGGAGGAGUCUGCCACCACAACCCCGAAGGGUCAACGUGCGCCGAAGCCCGUUGCUCCGCCCCCCCCACGCUCAGUCAACCGCUCACGGGACAGAAAUAUCACGACCCCGCCACGCUCAAGUGUCGCCCAGGUAGGAUGGGAAUCUGUAGAAUCCAUCUCUAACAUCUCUCGAAGCUCGCCCCUGUGUAGCAGCCACAGUGAAGUUAUUGGGACUGGGGCUCAUCCAUUUGGAGACGUUGAACGGCUUCACGACGUCACGCAGCGAGAGUCACCCACCUCCUCUCAGGCCCCCAAGCUUGAUAACGUAGAUGAUAGAAUCCUGCAGCACGAGCAGGUUCUUCGGGAGUUUCAUCAAUCAGCGGCGGAGGUUUUCCGCAAAAUCACGGGAAACCGCGACGAAUUUCUUGCAAAAUGCACCUCUGUGGUGCGUUCUGUAUCGCACCGUGGCGGAGAUGAAGAGCCUUCCGCUUCCAGUACAACCCUGGAGGGGCUGUUGCGUUGA